AAUAGAAACAUGGAGAACAUAGAUUUUGAACUUGCUUCAUCAAAUGUUUAGAUUUAUGUUCUGGAAAUGUUUGAAGAUUAGGACAUAUUAAUAAGAUAAUGCCUCAUUUGCAUUUUACAAACAUAAAACUUACAAAACUAGUCUUCAUGAAAGUAAUCAAACGAUGAAGUUUCAUGGUGAUAUUAUUUAAAAUGACACACGUUCUUCUGUUUCUGUGUUUCUUGUGAACUUUAUGCAUCAAAACACGAAAGCAUUUUACUACGAUGAACCUCUUUGUUUGUCUCUCUCACAGGACGCCAUCUUCAAAUAUAACCCCAAAUAUAAAGACCAGUGGUCCUUUGAGGCGCUCUCCAGCUUUGUGAAGAUUGUCCCGAAAGCAGAAAACCAUUUCCCCAAACUGUUUCCAAAGAUGGCGGCGUUGGCUUUGAGUCUCCCUGACUAUGUGAAGAAGGCCAUCCCGCUGCUUAAGAGGGGCCACUCUGCGUCCAUCACUCUGUCACAAGUUCAGAUCUCCUGCCUCCUCGCCAACGCUUUCUUCUGCACCUUCCCUCACCGCAACGCGACCACCUCCAACGCCGAGUACCACAGCUUUCCCUCCAUCAACUUCACCAAGCUGCUGGAAAACUGGUCCGAACGCAAGAAAGAGAAGCUGAGAGCCGUCCUGCAUUACUUCAGCGUGGUCACAGACACAAAACCAAGAGGACUGGUGACGUUUGAGAGGCGCUGCCUCACGGAUAUGCCCAACUGGAGAACCUGUAAAGAGACGAUGCGUAAACUUCACGUCACGUCACGCGGAACCAUCGAGACCGAAGGGACCGGUUUACUCCAGGUGGACUUUGCCUGCAGCUGGAUCGGUGGAGGGGUUCUAGGUUCUGGUCUGGUGCAGGAGGAGAUCCUGUUCCUCAUGAAUCCAGAGCUGAUCGUGUCUCGACUCUUCACCGAGAAACUCGCUGACAACGAGUGUCUGAUCGUUACAGGCUCUCAACAGUUCAGCCGGUACUCGGGUUUCGGGGACAGCUUCGAGUGGGCCGGCCCUCAUGAGGAGCGCCUGCACAGAGACGAGUGGGCUCGGCUGAAGAGGCGGAUCUUAGCCAUCGACGCCGUGCACUUCAAACAGAGCAGAGACCAGUACAACAUGAUCGCCAUCACACGGGACCUCAACAAGGCAUUCUGUGGAUUUAAGGGUCGCGACCACGACGAGCCCGACAUCGCUACGGGGAAGUGGGGCUGCGGAGCGUUCAACGGAGACCCUCAGCUCAAAGCUGUGAUCCAGCUGAUGGCGGCGGCGAGGGCCAAGAGAGGAUUGGCCUUCUUCACCUUCGAGGAUGAGCAGCUGAAGCUGGGUCUGGAGCGCACGCACCACCUGCUGGUCACCGAGAGAACGACAGUCGGGAAACUGUACGGACUCCUGGAGGACUACUGUGCUGUUGAGCAGGAGUCCGGCAGGUCACAUGUGGACCUGUUCCAGUUCAUCGGGCACAACGUCAGACCCUCCAAGAGUCAGCUGUGAGGACGGAGUCAAGUCCACGAGUCUGCGUCUGAAUUUGCACUAAAAUCGAACCGGUGUGUUUCACUACAGAAAUGAAGAAGUUGCUGCUUCAUUUGAAUGAUUGUAAGAUGAUUUUCAUUUUUGCAUUUGUACGUUAAUUUGAUAGUUGAGAGCGUAGCGAUAAACAGGAAAUGUGACGAAGGAUCAAGUUUGUUUUUCAUUUUAUUUAGUUUUUGUGCUUUGAUUAUUUCCCCGAGGUUAACUCCUAACUGACCGAGUUCUCCUCAAAAUAAACUCCAAAGAAUUUAGUCUUAGAGAAGAUUAAUGCAGCGUUUAACAGCUCACAAGCUGCUGCUGAGUGUUUGGAAAAACACUUUAAAAUAACUUUUAAAGGCGUUUUAAUGGCGGCGAGUUAAAGGCUCAAUUAGUAUUAUUUGUAAACACAACAUUCAAAGUUGGACAAAAGAUAAUAGACGGAAACCUCUGAUUCUGAAGAGUGAAGUCAAAGCUUCAUGUGUUAAAGCUGCAUUCUCUCUAGUGUCC